CUGCCCUUCUUUCAGCAGACCCAACUUCCAUUGUUGUCUCUCUCUCUCUCUCCUUACCCAGUUGUCUUCUCCUUCACUCUCUUAUCCACACUGAUACACGUAUAAAUAGACCAAAGUUGCUAACAAAACUACCCAUUAUUCGAUCCACUGCUACUGCUUGCCAACAUCAUCUCAUUGCUUUUGAAUUAUUUGAAAACAGGAAAGAUUCUAAUGGAGCUUCAACUUGAGCUAGAGCUUUCUGUUCCAGAUCCCACCAGAGGAUUCGACCUGAACAGGAAUGCUUGUGAUGGAAAAGAUGUGUUUGGUUCAGAUCCGAGGAGCUAUCUGUGUGCCGAAAGCACGAGCCAUGGUAAACGCAACAAGCGUGGCUUUGAAGAUGCUUUCUUUAAGACCAAAGGCUCGUUUAAAGAGAUGUCUUUGCUGCUGUGGAAUGGUCACCCAAACAAGGAAGAUGAUGACAGGAAGGACACCAACCAGAGAAGCUCUUGUGCAAUACACAUUAAGGCUGUAGAGGAGAACAAAGCUGUGGGGUGGCCACCCAUUGCAUCAUGGAGGAAAAGGCACCUUCAUGGGCUGCAACAGGGCGGCCCGGGUUCUGAUAAUUAUUGGAUGGAAGAAGAUGAAGAUGAUGGAAUUGUUUUUAACCCAAAAUAUGUGAAGGUGAAGAUGGAGGGGGUGCCGAUAGCAAGGAAGAUUGAUGUGGGGAUGUAUAACUCAUAUCAGACGCUGAAAACUGCCUCGAUCAACAUGUUUUCCGAUUCUUGCUAUCAAAAGUGUGGGAAUAGUAAUGCCAGCUUAACUCUCACCUAUCAGGACAAAGAAGGAGAUUGGUUGCUUGCAGGAGAUCUUCCAUGGCAGAAUUUUGUAGAGUCAGUACAAUGCAUGAAGAUCAUAAGAAGACAACCAUCAAACUAAUGGAAGAAAUCUUUAUGAUUUUCUGAGUAAGGAGCUAUUAUUAUAUAUGAUAUCCCAAAAUAGAGAGAGGGGUGAGUGAGUUACUUUAGUUAAGUUUAAUUAGCAUGUUUGUUAUAAGAGUGCUGGAAUGAGUUUCAAAUUUUAUUAUGUUGUUUGUAUAAUUUAAUAAUACUUUGAGAUCCCUCUGCCUAAUCAAAUAAAUCAAAUGCAUGGUUUUGGAUGUCACUCCAAGAUUAUCAUCUGAUUUUCCAAUUUUAAUGGGUAGCAUUAUACCAUUUAUA